AUGAUGGAUGAGAAAGCAUAUAUAAAAGAUUACGAAAUUGAGAAAGCUACUCAGAGAUUAUUUUUAAAAUUAAAGAAUGAAAAAAUAAAAGAAGAUAUUUUAAGAAAAUCUAUAAAUGAAUAUAAAGAAACUAUAAAUAUUGUUAAAAAUUUAACAAAGAAAAUAAAUUAUAAAAUAAUCAUUCCUUUUUCUAAACUGGCUUUUUAUGAAGGAGAAAUAAAAUACACUAAUAAUAUAUAUCAAAAUAUAGGUUGUAAUACAUAUUGUGAAAGGACUUCAGAAAAUGCUCAUAAAUAUUUAGAAAAGAAAUUAGAUGCUUAUGAAAAAAAGUAUAAAAUAAUUUCUGAUGAUAUUGACAAAUUAACGAAAGAAAUACAACUUGCUUUAGAACUUGAACAAACAUCAAAUAUAAAUAAAAAUAAUAUUAAUCAAGACGAUGAUGAUCAUAAUUCAAAAAAUGUCUUUGUAAGGCCGGAUGGAUUCUUAGAAAUAAGAGAGGAAUAUCAUAGUAGUGAUGAAGAAAAUAAUAAGCACAAUGUGAAAAAUGAGAAAAUUAAUUCUUUAUCUAGUAAUAUUAAUGAAAUUCAAGAAAAAAUUAUAAAAAGAGAAGAUGAUAUAACAAAUAUCAACAGAAAUGAAAAUAAGAAAGAUGACGAAAGGACACAACAUGAUGAAAAACAUAAAAUUAUUAAAAAUAAAUCCUUAAAUAUUAAUAAGCAGGGAUUGCUUAAUAUUCAAGAAAAUUAUACAAGUAGUAGUAGUGAAAUCGAUGACUAG